GGCGGUAGAGAACUAGGCAGGGGGUCCUAUGGCAAAGGAAGGCUAUGUGCCUACAUGUGAGUGCGGAAGGGACACAGCUGGCCCGGCACCGGGCUUGCGAGUGUCUGCUGCAGUCCCGGAGCCAGGACCUCGGGUCUGAGUGGCUUGGAGGUGCUGAGAUCUCGGAGGGAAGGAAAGACAUCCCCCUGCCCCGGGGAAGGGGCCUCUUCUGGCCAUGUCUCCCGCAGCUGCUGCUGAGCCGGACGGGGACCAGCACGACAGGCUUGUCAGCAAGCUCAUUUUCUUCUUCUUUGUCUUUGGCGCCAUCCUGUUGUGUGUGGGGGUCCUGCUCUCCAUCUUUGGGUUCCAGGCCUGCCAGUAUGAACCCCUGCCACACUGCAGCAUGAUGCUGAAGGUCGCGGGGCCCGCGUGUGCCGUGGUUGGGCUUGGGGCUGUGAUCCUGGCUCGUUCCCGGGCACGACUUCAGCUGAGUGAGGGGCGGCGGCGAGGCCACCACACAGACCCUGACCGAGCCUUCAUCUGUGGGGAGAGCCGCCAGUUUGCCCAGUGCCUCGUCUUCGGGUUUCUGUUCUUGACGAGCGGCAUGCUCAUCAGUGUGCUGGGCAUCUGGGUGCCCGGAUGCGGCUCAGACUGGGCGCAGGAGCCGCUGAACGACACAGACUCUGCCGACGCGGAGCCCCAGAUCUGUGGCUUCCUUUCUCUGCAGAUCCUGGGGCCCUUGACUGUGCUCGUGGGAUUGUGUUUCUUCGUAGUUGCCCACGUCAAGAAGAGAAACAACCUGAAUGCUGGCCAGGAUGUUCCUGAAAGCGAAGAGGGACAGACCCAGAGCACGGAGCCUGUCCAGGUCACCGUAGGUGAUUCGGUGAUCAUAUUUCCACCCCCUCCACCACCUUACUUUCCUGAGUCUUCGGCUGCUGCGGGAACUCAAAGUCCUGGGGCUCACGGUUUGGUUCCGAAUGAAAGUCCACCUUCAUAUUACAGUAUCUUUAACCAUGGGUAAGCCUUUCCGUGUGAGCUCCAAGAGUAGGCAUGCUUAGCCUUUCCAGGCCUGUGCCUGAAUUCCGGCCAAACGAGCUUUAAGGCCGUGACACGAGAGUAAACAUGUGCGUGUAUGUUUUUUGCUGAUGUUAUGUCACAACUAUUGCCUUGAUAUUAACAAUAACUUUCAGGAAACUUCUGGGCAGCACAUAGGCUAAAAAUGAUAAAAGUGGUUAUUCUUGGUUAAUAUGACCCCUUCUCCAGGCAUCUUUAUCUGCUCCCAGCAGGGGUGACGCUCAGAGUGUUUAAGAAGCCAUGGAUGGGGCUGAGUGCUGGAGCUGGGGCAGGAGGCCCCCGCUCCCCUAGGCUUUACUGCUUUAGAUUGUGAGGAGGUGCGAGGAGGUGAAGAUGGGUUUCAAUAAUCUGACAGCAGCGCUUGGGUGACUGCGCCCUGACCUGACCCAGCUGGGCCCCUGCCUCAACAUUCCGUUGUUCUCUGGGCCUCAGGGAGCAUAAGGUCCACACCCACCCCACGCGGAAGGCAGCGAGGCUGACUCUAUGGGACAGGCUGAGGCACCAGGAGCCUGGGACUGUGGGUGCUGGUGUGGGAGGGGUCCGGAGCGGAGGUGGCACUGAGGGAGAGGGAGAGAUGAUGAUUUCCAGAAUGCGUGACAGGGACAGUGGAGAGGUCCCCACUGAGGGAAGGAGGGAGGCACGCUCGUUUUGGCAGGGAGGUGGUGGCUGGCUGGCGGUGCAGAGACAGCGGGACGUGGGCCUUGGAGGCAGACUGGACAGGGCUAGGUCUUGGAAGAGAGAGCAGGUGCUGGAGAUGGGGCCGCAGAGGUUGCUGAAACCAGAGGGCAAGGAGCCAGAGACCUGUGGGGCACCCACGGGAGGGAAGGUGUGCUAGGAAGGGGUCCCGGGGAGUGCCAGGGACGGAGGGGCCCAGGAGACCCUGGAGAUGGCAGCGUGCUUAGGAAGCAGGGCGGGAGCAGGCUCUGGUGGCACCUUCCGGAAUGGGGAGCCAGGGUGUAGGAAGGGAGGGAAGGACUGCUGGGAAUUGUCACAGGACUUAGUGGGAGGGGUGGGCAGUACCGAGGCAGAUCUGCUUUCUAGACAGUGAGAAGUGGGUUUCUGAGCAGUGAGAAGUAGGGCCUGAAGGGCGUGACCAUUGUUGGGGAUGGGCCCCCCUUACCUGUCCUUUGUGUUUAAGGCACACCCUGGGGAGUCAGGGACCCCCUCCCCCUACUGCCCAGGAGGAAGGAGCAGCCCUGGGGCCUGCAGGGGGGCGGGUGGAUGCCUGCCUUCCCCCUGGGGCCUAGAGGGAAUGAAGUUGUGUAGGGAUCCUUUUUCCACAAAGUAAGGGAAAGACAAUCUCAUAGACUGUCUGAUGAGAGAGGGAAAGAGGUGGCUGCCAAGGACAGAGGUUUUUGAGCUUCACGGUGAGUAGUGAGCUAGGGAUCCAGGGAGGUGAAUGCAGGAGUUGCCCUCUAUGGAGAAAGGGCAGCUUAGGGCUGGAUAUUUGUAGAGUUCUAAUAAUGAAUUUUUAUAUGGUUUUCCUCUGAUGAAGAACUUCCCUAAACCAUAAAAUCAAUGUCUAGUAAUUUAAAAAAAAAACUGCUGCUGCUGCUGUGAUUUCUGUGUUCCUGGGUCUGGCUUUUCUGGCUGUGCUUCAUGUUAUUCUCAUAACCACUGUAGGAGGAAGGCACUGUUUUCACCCCCAUUUUAUAGAUAAGCAAACUGAGGCCUACAGAGGUGAAAUAACUUGCCCAGGAUCACACAGUUGGAAGGCAGCAGAGUGGAAUUCCAGGGCAGGUCGUGAGUGCAUGUCAUUGAGCAGUGUGCCUUCUUGUCCCCCUUCACACUUUUGGCUUAAUGUUUUCAUUUCCUGUUUGCUUAAGUUUGUCUACCUUAUGUUAGCUGUCCCAGAAGACAAAAUAGCAGAGAAUAGUAGCUGUGUGUGUGUGUGUGUGUGUGUGCGUGCACACAUGCGUGUUUUGGAUGGCAGCUAUACCUUUGUACUCAAUGUCUUUUCAGUGACGAGGGGAAUGACAACAGGAGUGAGACUGUCUUA